UAUAUAUAUUAAAAGAAGAAAAAUUCUCAGAUUUUUGCCAGCUGGAAGAAGUUGAAGAGGAUAUUGAGGAAUCCUUGAACUAAAUGCAUGUUUUAUAUUCCCGAAAAAAUGAUGCUGCUCAAUCGGAGUUGGAGCAACCAUAAUGAGUUGUGAGCAACCUUUGGGUCAGAUUCCCCUGGGGUUUAUUAUGGUGUGUUCUGACAUGAAACCUGGGGCAGUUCCCCAGCAGUGGAAAUCAGCUAGGGGAGGAAGUUUCAGUGGCCCAAAUUAGCUGCUACCUUCUUUCUGCCGGGAGAGGAUAAGGCACUAGGAGGGGGAUGUGGCCAGACUUUUCCAGAGACCCUUUUCAGAAGUUCCCACUGGUAGAGCUCCUGUUGGGCCCAUGGCAAGAGUGAAAGCUGCACCUUACUCUUAGCAGCAAACUCGUUGGAAGGAAGUGGCGGAAACAAUGCCUGACCUCCUUCAGGGUGGCUGCUACUUGGGGACAAGGGAUCUCACUGGGCCAGGGAGGAGUAACUUACAUCUGCCCCAUUGUGUGCUGUGAACAGAAGUCUGAGCAGUGCACAGUGCUGAUUGGGGCAGGAGGGAGGGUUAUACUAUUCCAAGGAUACAUAAUGUAAUGUUAAUGAAUUGAUGUAAAUAUGCGCAUUUUUGUUACAGAAUUAAAUCCAAGGUGCCAUUCUAAGGGAGGAUAUAAGAAAAACAAACUGUAUGCGUGUAACCCAGGCUUGGGGCAUCGGCCACUGAAAAAUUAAGGAAAUAGUCAGUCAAGGGUGGAGUUCAUUUCUUUUGUUCCUGGGAGCUGAAUAGGAGAAAGGGACAUUUCAGGUUAACUUGAUAAAGGUCACCCAGCGGGGAAUGCUCUUGUUUUGUUUAAAGCACAGAAGUGACUAGAAGAUUUCUUGAACAUUGGGAAUUCUGCAGGUUUAAUCUCCUCUUGGCAAGUCCUAAUAGUCUUGCUCCAAGUUCUGACUGGGAGGAAACAGAAUUAAAACAAGAAGCUUGAAGGUCUGCUUUCCAUCUACAAACUCUACCACUGAAGCUGAUGGGAACUGCAGGCAUUCAGCGCCUUUGAAAAUCAGGUCACUUUUUGCUUGCUGGCAGACUCGUCUGAGGAUCUGACAGAGGCGAAGCACAGGACUAUCAUUGAAAUAAGAAAAGAAAAAGAAACAGAAGAACACAGGCAAAUCAGAAUCACUACUCUCCUGCAGCAAUGGGUUGGCUGGAAGAAUCAAACUGGCAGCUUCACAUUUCCUUGAUCGUGCUACUUUCCAUGCACACCAAGGCCAAUGGUCUAGACAAACCGUAUUUGCGGAGUUCUGGACAGUUGAACUUGGAGAACAGAAAGGAAGAUGGUGAGAGUACGGCACCUGCUCCUCCUCAGAAGCCACUGCAGUGUCACUGCAAUCACCACUGUCCAGAGGACUCAGUCGACAGCACCUGCAGGACUGAUGGCUACUGUUUCACCAUGGUAGAAGAAGAUGAAUUUGGAGGACGGACAAUUGCUUCAGGAUGCCUAGGCUUAGAAGGCUCAGACUUCCAAUGCCGGGAUACACCCAUAAUACAUCACAGAAGAACUAUUGCAUGCUGCACAGACGAAGAUUUCUGUAAUGAAAACCUUCACCCUACGCUGCCACCACUAAAAAAUAGAGAUUUUGUUGAAGGAAACAUUCACCAUAAGGCCUUGCUGAUCUCAGUGACUGUUUGCAGUAUACUCCUGGUACUCAUCAUCAUAUUCUGUUACUUCAGGCAUAAAAGGCAAGAAACCAGACCUCGUUACAGCAUUGGACUUGAACAGGAUGAGACUUACAUUCCUCCAGGGGAAUCCCUGAAAGACUUGAUUGAACAGUCUCAGAGCUCAGGAAGUGGGUCUGGGCUCCCUCUGCUGGUCCAAAGGACUAUAGCAAAGCAGAUUCAGAUGGUGAAACAAAUAGGUAAAGGUCGCUAUGGAGAAGUUUGGAUGGGAAAGUGGCGUGGAGAAAAGGUAGCUGUAAAAGUGUUCUUCACCACUGAGGAGGCCAGCUGGUUCAGAGAGACAGAAAUCUAUCAGACUGUCCUGAUGAGGCAUGAAAACAUUUUGGGGUUCAUUGCUGCGGACAUUAAAGGUACAGGGUCUUGGACCCAACUGUAUCUUAUCACAGACUACCAUGAGAAUGGCUCCCUGUAUGAUUAUCUGAAAUCCACUACCUUAGAUUCAAAAGCCAUGCUAAAACUGGCCUAUUCCUCUGUUAGUGGUUUGUGCCACUUGCACACUGAGAUCUUCAGUACUCAAGGCAAACCAGCUAUUGCCCACCGUGAUCUGAAAAGUAAGAACAUUCUAGUGAAAAAGAAUGGAACCUGCUGUAUAGCAGACCUGGGCUUGGCAGUCAAAUUUAUUAGUGAUACAAAUGAGGUGGACAUACCACCAAACACCCGGGUAGGAACAAAGCGCUAUAUGCCUCCUGAGGUGCUGGAUGAAAGCUUGAAUAGGAAUCACUUCCAGUCAUAUAUCAUGGCUGAUAUGUACAGUUUUGGACUCAUCCUUUGGGAGGUAGCAAGGAGAUGUGUGUCAGGAGGAAUAGUUGAAGAAUACCAGCUUCCAUAUCAUGAUCUUGUGCCCACUGACCCCUCCUACGAGGACAUGCGGGAGAUUGUGUGCAUCAAGAAGCUCCGUCCCUCAUUCCCCAAUAGAUGGAGCAGUGAUGAGUGCCUAAGACAAAUGGGAAAACUCAUGACAGAGUGUUGGGCUCAAAACCCUGCUUCUAGGCUCACAGCCCUGCGAGUAAAGAAAACACUUGCCAAAAUGUCAGAGUCACAGGACAUUAAACUUUGAUUCAACUCAACAAAUGAAAUGACUUUCUCUUGUGGUCAGAGGAAUCUAGAAGGAAGCCCUCACCAUCCCUCAUUUCAUUUCAGAACAACUGUAGAUUUGAUUUUAACUAACAUCUUUUGAGGAGAGCAGCCUUUGACACACAAGAUAGAUCAGACAAGACUUGUUUGCAUGGGAAAAGGAAAAUACCAUUUCAGUAACUGGUUCAAGAUUCUUAUAGAUGUUGCUUUCUGUGAAAGCCCAUGAUUUUAUUUUUUGAUUGUCUAAAAGAUACUGCUUUAAAUUUUAUGAAAAUGAACCUUAUGGUUAGAAGAAAAGCCCUAUAUUGUUACAUUUAAAGAAAAAUCAGAAGAAACUGUGCCUCAUUUACCAGAGAGACCACACUGGUGAGUGAAACUGCUGUAUAAGAGGAAGAGAUUGAGGGACAAGUUGGUAGGUCAAGAUGUUCAGGUUUAUAUGAUAUAUAGUAUGUGGAUUGAUGGAUGAUUAAAGCACUAAAUAAAUGAAACUAAUAUUUAUUUAUGAACAUGCAUAGAUUGACAAAAUGCAGACUCAAAUUCCAUAAAACUUUGAGGAGGAGAAGCCUCUAGCAUAAUCCAAUGUAAAGAUUUGACACUACUUUGUGUUCUUUUUUGGGAACCAGUGCCUUAUGAAACCUGUAAAUACUAGAAUGCUAAAAACUAGGGAACAAAUGGUUAUGUUGUAUUUGUUCUGUUCAAAUUGUGUAUGGUUGUUUUAAACAUUCCCCAAAUAAAAUAAAGGGUUCUGUCUCCCUUCACACA